AUGGAGGAAAUCGGGUUCUUGGGGAUGGGUAUAAUGGGUAAGGCUAUGGCGAUGAACCUGCUGCGCCAUGGAUUUAAGGUCACUGUUUGGAAUCGCACUCUCUCCAGGUGCGAUGAGUUGGUCGAGCAUGGGGCCUCUGUUGGAGAAAGCCCUGCAGCGGUAGUGAAGAAAUGCAAGUACACCAUUGGAAUGUUGUCCGACCCCCCUGCAGCUCUCUCGGUUGUGUUUGACAAAGGCGGUGUUAUUGAACAAAUUUGCAGUGGUAAAGGUUAUAUUGACAUGUCAACUGUUGAUGCUGACACGUCUUCAAAAAUCAGUGAGGCUAUUACAUCCAAGGGUGGUCAAUUUCUCGAGGCCCCAGUUUCAGGCAGUAAGAAGCCUGCUGAAGAUGGUCAGUUAGUCAUCCUUGCUGCUGGGGAGAAGUUAUUGUACGAGGCAGCUAUUCCUGCCUUUGAUGUCAUGGGAAAGAAGUCAUUUUUCUUGGGCCAAGUCGGAAAUGGAGCAAAAAUGAAACUCGUUGUAAACAUGAUCAUGGGCAGUAUGAUGAAUGCAUUUUCAGAGGGGCUUGUAUUGGCAGACAACAGUGGGCUGAGCUCUCAAACUCUUCUUGACGUGUUGGAACUUGGUGCCAUUGCCAAUCCAAUGUUCAAAAUGAAGGGACCUGCAAUGAUCCAGGGUAAUUAUACCCCCGCGUUCCCUCUGAAACAUCAGCAGAAGGACAUGAGAUUGGCUCUUGCCCUGGGGGACGAAAAUGCUGUGUCCAUGCCCAUUGCAGCUGCAGCUAACGAGGCCUUCAAGAAAGCCAGGAACGAGGGCUUAGGGGACCUGGAUUUUUCAGCUGUGCACAAAACUGUUUUGGGUGACAAACAGUGA